AUGGAUAAAUCUGAUCGAGCACAAGCUGAGGCUAAUGAGCAUUUUCAAUAUGUAACAGGGAGAAUGAUGUAUGUCCAGGGUGACUCGGAAUCUCCUUUGCAGUCCUGCAUAGAUUUCGUUGCCAGUCUUGUUCAUUACCAAUUGCUACAUGUUUUGGAAAAAUCAGAGAAGCAUUCGAUUAGGAAAACAAAAAAAACAACUCUGAGUUUGAGAUCAGUGCUGUUUGUUUUCCGUAGGAAUCGUUUGUUAUUACGCCGAUUAUUGAAAUUAGCUGAAACGGCUUCAUCAAUUCAAUCUUUGUCCAAAGACGGAAUAAACUCAAAUGAAUCUGGUAGUGAGGCAGAGUCAGAGGAAGAGCCGGAUCCCAUUCAGAAUAACAAGAAAUUUUCAGGGAAAUUAUAUAAAGAAAUUUCUGAGGCUCUCUCGUUUAUUGCUCUCGACGUUGAGAGUGAGACUGAUCCAGUAAUGGAACAGCGCCAGAAAAGAUUAGCUGAAAGGGUUGCACACUUUGAUAUGGAUGAAUAUGAACGAUUCAGUGCUGCUAGGGCGUGUGGUUUCAGUAAUACUACUAGAGGCAUAAAGAUCAUGAAAAAAGAUAUGAGGACAUGGCUUGCUCGCUCCUUUGAUGGUAGUAUAGAGUUUGUAAUGGCAUUUUUAGCCAAAGAAACCGUUUCUUGUUUAGUAGAAGACGCCUUAGCAGUUCGAGAGCAGGAAAAAUCAAAUUGGUUCAAGAAUGAAGGAAAUGGAAACUGCCUUCAACAGAGGCACUAUGAGGAAGCAUUACGUAGGAAUCUGGGUUAUAGAUAUAGAGGAGAUAUUCUCUUCGGAUAUUUUUGA